UCCGGUGAAGAGACGAUGGGGCUGACAAGGAGGGAAGGGAGGCAGAGGCAAGUCAACUCUAACCCGCCCGGUCACCGGCCGGAGGGGAGAAUGGCGGAGACGACGGGGACGGCUCCGACCCACCGGCUCCGCACGCGCGCCGAGGCGGCGGUGGCGUUCAUGGUGGACGUCCGCCCCCGCGAGAUGCCCCCGCUGACGAGUGCCGCCUCCACCUUCUUCUUCAUCCUGAGCGCCUACUUUGUGGUGCUGCCGCUGCGGGACGAGGGGGCCAUCUCGCUGGGCCUCGGCGCCCUCCCGGGCCUCUUCGCCGGCUCGCUCGUGCUUACCGUCCUCGCCGCCCCCGUCGCCUCCCUCGCCUUCUCGCUCCCAUCCGUCCCCAAGUCCAGGGCUUUGGUUUUGAUACACAGAUUCUUCAGCAUAUCCCUUCUUGUAUUUUUCAUGCUUUGGUUUGCCUCGAAGCCGGGCUCCCCAGCUACCGCCCAGUCAAGUGAAGAUAGUUCAAAUAAGCCUGCUGGGUGGGGAAACCACACCUGGUUCUACAUAGGUGUGAGAAUAAGCUUCUUUCUUUGGGUUGCUUUGCUUAAUCUCAUUACAAUAUCAUCUACUUGGGCAAGGGUAAUUGAUGUCAUGGACAGUGAGUCAGGUUCAAGAUUGUUUGGUUUUAUUGGGGCUGGUGCUACGCUGGGGCAACUUUUUGGUUCUUUGUUUGCUGCAAGCAUGGCAUGGAUGGGACCCUUUCUGCUCCUAUUUUCCUCCCUCUUGAUGGAACUUGCUGCACUCUCAUCUAAAGGAAUUUGCAUUGAUGCUAAUCAUGGUUCAACAGAAUUGCCGUCAACAGGAGCAGAACCAAGUCAAAUUACCGAGCUUGGUGAUGAAAUGUCUUCACUGGUCACUUCACCUAGAACACCUUCCCAAUCUCAAAAGACAAAGCCUGGGAUUUUUGUGAUGUUUGAAGGUUUCUGGCUGAUCAUGCGCUCACCCUACCUGGUAUACAUAUCUCUGUUUCUAUGGCUGAGUGCAGUUAUCUCAUCCUUCUUUUACUUCCAGAAAGUAACUAUAGUUGCUACCACAAUAUCAAGCCCAACUGCCAGAAGGAAAACAUUUGCACUGAUAAACAGCUUUAUAGCAGUUUUUAUUCUUGCCGGACAGCUCACUUUGACGGGUCAUAUCCUUACAGUAGCUGGUAUAACAGUUGCUAUUUGCGCAUCUCCAUUCAUUGCUGCCUCAAAUUUGGUUGCCCUUGCUGUAUGGCCAACUUGGGUUGCUGUUGCUGUCACUGAAACAAUUCGAAAGGUAACUACCUAUGUAUUGACUAGACCUGGAAGGGAGUUAUUAUUCACAGUUGUCUCACAGGAUGAGAAAUACAAAGCCAAGGUCUGUAUAGAUGUUAUUGUCCAAAGGCUUGGUGAUGCAACAGCUGCUGGAAUUUACACGUUACUUUUCAGCAGCUUUGAGAAGAAAACAUCCAUUGUCAACCUCUAUGCAUUGCCGCUCUGCUUUUUCUGGCUUCUCAUCGCAUUUCAUUUGGGACGGCUCCAGACAAAUCUUGCCAAGCUUCAGGCAGCUUCUGACCCGUCCUAGUUCCUACCAAACAUGUAUCUGGAACCUAAAAAAUAGGUAUCUCGGUGCUUCUUGACAUCUAUCAAGACACGUGGCUGAGUAAGGCCGUUUGUGCCAGGCCUUUAUUUUUCUACGAUAUCGACUCAAUACAGUGAAGCGAUUCGAGAAUGCAGAAGCACGGUAUUGAUUUUGUCUGCACAUAUCGGAGGAGCUACAAUGUAGCAAGCGGACAUUCGAAUAUAACACUGGAAGUAACCACCAGAAGGGUGAACAUAGAGGAAGACAUAAAUAGUACAGUAGCAGGCUAGCAGCAUAUAUACAGUAUAACAAUACAUGAAUUUUGUAUCUGCUUUUAGUCCAUCCUUUCAUGGCGGAAUCAUGCAAACUGUAAGCAUGUUAAUUCAUUGUUUAUGGGGGAAAAGUAUGGCUGGAUAGGCUGGGCAUUGUUCUGCUAUGCCGCAUAAAAUUAUGUGCUGCUCUGUUCAAUACCACUCCCAGACAGCAUAUCAUUUGCAGAGAUGUGUAACUAGUUUUACCGACAACUAUCUGAUGAACCUGGACUACUGAUCAUACAGUGAAAUAUUUCUAAUUUUUUUUGUGUUA